UUGUAGUUGAUUUAGGGUAGGAGAAGUUGCCGGCAGCCAAGUUGCCAACUUGGGCAUUAUGGGUUGCAGUUUGAGAAUAAUAUGUCUCAGUCCUACCAACUAGGACAAUGGGAACUGCCUGCUUGGGAAUGGGCAUUUGUAUCCCUACAUUAUGUGCACCAUGUGAACACUUAGGCGUGGAGAUAUGGCAGAAACUUCUUGUGCUGUCUGCUCAGUGAACAUCACAGCACGAACUCGUGGAGCUCUUCAAGUUUCUGGGCCAGACACAUACCCAGUUUCUGAGAGGGCUUGGAAGGAGUUUGCUGCUUCUUUUGAGUUGAAGCUGCAUGAUCCGUUGCUUAUAUGUCGAUCUUGCAAGAAACUUUUUGAAGAAUAUGCCAGCCUUGAAGAUGAUCUCAGUGAUGUUAGAAGACGGCUCAUGGAUAAGUUCAACAAUGCUCAUUUCAAGGGGAUGGGAGAUGAUGAGGGUCAAGAAGAAGAAAUGAUUGAAGAAGGGAGUUUGGAUACUCCUAUGUCUGAUGAAGAUUCAACACCUUUCAUGGAGGAGCCUUUAUCUGAUUCUGUUGAUGAGCAAGACCAGGAAGGAAAACGAGAGUUGGGAAAUAUGGAUGAAGAUGAUUCUUCCUCUCAUUCACAACAAGGAAUUAGGAAGAAAUUUGUGAAAGUGAAGAAGCUUCUUUGUAAGAUUUGCAAGGAGGCACUUGAUUCUAGAGAGGAGCUCCAGGCUCACUAUGAAAGGCACAAGGAAACGGAUGCAGAAGCUUAUGAGCGCCUUUGCCAUGUUUGCAGUUAUUGCUAUCAACGCUUCAUGACCAAGACAAGACUGAAAAAUCAUAUGAUGACAAAACAUAGAGGAAAUGAGAUUCAUACUUGUCCAGCUUGCAAUCAAGCCUUUCCAUAUAAGAAGAUGUUUCUCCAGCACAUUCGAGAUCAUGAGAAUCAAGGGGAUUCAGACUUCCGCUGCAUCAUGUGUGACAAAUCUUUCUUGCUUUAUUCUCGGCUGCUCAAGCAUUGCAAUGAGCUCCAUCGUACAGAGUAUGCAUGUAAGUAUUGCCCAGAGAAAAGAGAGACCAAGGUGGAACUUAUGGAACACUACAAAACCCAUGUGACAGAGCGUCCACACCUGUGUGAGAUCUGUGGGGCUCGAUUUGAGCUGGUUCAGUCACUCAGGCAUCAUGCAAAACUGCAUGAAAAGUCAAGUGAGGUUGGAGGGUAUGCUUGUCAAAUCUGUGGAAUUGUAUUCAGCACACGACCUGAGAGAAAAGUCCACUAUAUGACUCAUGAAGCUGUUUGUGAAGUGUGUGGUAAGCAGCUGAAGAGUGUUCCUUCUCUUGUUGAUCAUAUGCGCAUGCAUAACAAAGCUAACAAAUUGGCAUGCCAUUUCUGUGGGAUGCUCUUUUCUUCUCAUAAUGCUCUUCGAGCUCAUGUUUCCAGGCAUCAGGAAAAUCCAAAAUUCCAAUGUGAAGUCUGUGGCAAGAUUUUCAAUUAUCAAGCAAAUCUGGACUCCCACUUCAGGUCAACCCACAUGGAAGAUGCCACCUACAAGUGUCCUGAUCCUAGUUGUGAAAAGAGUUAUGGCUCUACUGGUAGCUUGCGUCGCCACAUUGCAUCAGUUCACCAGCAUGAUCGCAAAUAUGUCUGCAACAUCUGUGGCCAGAGCUUCCUUUACUCAAGUAGCAUGAUCAAGCAUCGGCGUACACAUACUGGAGAACGAAAAUAUCCCUGUUUGAUCUGUGGGAAACUGUUCAGUUCCUGGGAUAAUCGACAUUCACACAUGUACAUACAUAGUAACAAGAAACCAUUUGAAUGCAAGAUAUGUGGGCAGCAAUUUGUCAGACGCCCACAUAUCAUCUCUCACUUGAGAACAUCUCAUCCUGAAGCAGGAUCAGUUUCACCAGAGGAAGCUAUUCUCAAGCACCACCCAGUGAAGAUAGAAGAUAUGGCAGAAGUUACAGAACUUCAUUAUGCAAGUCCCACUGCUGUGACUGCAAGCAUUUCAAAGGAAGAUGCUGAAAAGAUGGGAAUGCAUCUUGAAUCACCAGGGACAACAGUGACUGUUCUUCCGCAGACAGAUUCUCCUCAACCUCAGCAUGUCCCUCUUUCAGCUACCCAGACCAUCCCUGUCAGCACUGUUCACGCAGGGCAACAUGAACUUGUCCACAUGAUCAUGACACCUGAAGAUGAGAAUCAGCUUGCCACUCAGUACAUUCUCAUCCCAGCCAGUUAA